UUUCUUUUCCAUUGCAGAAAGGAACUCUUGGAGCAGAAAACUCAAUUUACGCUACAACUGGAAGAUGCGCACAAAAAUGCGAAUCAACUGCAAACGAAAAUCAAUGAAAUGCAAAUGAAAAUUGAAACCUUAGAACAAGAAUUAUCCACCAAAACCUGGAAUGUUGAAAGAUUACAGGGAGAAUUAAAUGCAGCUCAACGGGAUGAUGAAUAUGUCCGCCAAAAACUGAAAGUACUGGAGGAUGAAAAAACAAAUCUACGCCAUCGUUUUCAUGACUGCGAAGAUGAGUUGAAAGCGAAAUAUGAUGAACUCGAAACUCAGUAUAACGAAUUACAAGAAAAAUAUAAACAAACGCAAGCGUUGGCUAGUAAUUUACAAACCCAAUUGGCUCAAGCCCAAACCGAUGCCCAGGAACAGCGCGACGAAGUCGAAAGGAUACGCACAUCACUGGAAGAACAGGUAGCUUUGCUGAAGAGUGCUCUGGAAAAUUCGGAAAAUGAGAGGAAAAUAUGUGAGGAUAAAUGGCAAAGAGAAUUUGAAAUGCUUCGGACACAAAAUAUGGAACGUGAAGAAUCCAUAAUGACCGACUGUGAAUGGCAAUUGCGUGAAACGCAAAAGCAAUGCAAAGAACGUAUAGAUAAAGUCGAGGCAGCACGUAAGGAAGCCUUUGAAAAUGUCGAACUUCUCGAAAAUGAACUGGAAGCGUUGAGCAAAGAAGCCGAUGAUUUGAAAAUCUAUCAGAAACAGGUUACCUCGUUGCGCGGUGUUGUCAAUGAACAGGCCACAUCCAUACAAACUCUGAUGUCACAAAUCGAAUCUCUGAAGACAGAGUUAGAGACAGCCAACACUAGUCUGCAGGAACAAAUUGAGGCUGUUACCAAAAUAAAAUUCCAUUGUGAUAAUGCUCUCUAUGAUAAGGAACGUCAAAUGAUUUAUCGAAUCGAUGAAGUACGCAACGAAGCUGCCGCAUUUUGGGAAGAUAAACUGUACACAGAGAUGACAAGACUGAAAAAUGAACUUGAAUCUGUUUAUGUGGACGAGCGACGCGAUGCCUUGGAUAAGCUGCAAGUGGAGCAUGUUGAAGAGUUAAAGGCCCUCACAAAUCGUUAUACCGCCAACGAGGAAGAGCUGCGAGCAGAGUUGACCGAAGCCCAGGAGGCACUGGAACGUAAAUCGAGAGAAUUCUUGGAAUUAAGAGAAAAAUCUGAUCAGGCUUUGCUACAGACUCGCAUGCAUUUGGACCGGGCAGAUCGUGACUUCCAAAAAGCCAUGUGUCAGGAAGAAGAAAGACGGGAAGCUUUGGAAUUGAAAUUGCGCAACGAAUUCGAGGAGGAGAAGCAAGAAAUGGAGGAAAAAUUCCGUGAACGUUUAGGCCAAGUUAAAGAAGAAUUUGCCAAAGAGUUACAAAUAAAUACCCAAGAAUUAACGCGAGAGCACGAAAAGGAGCUGCAAAAACUUAAAGUCAAAUUGACAGCCGAAAAGGAACAAGCCCUCCAAGAACUGGCCGAAAGACAUCGACAGAAAAUGUUCGAUGCCGAGGAGAAAAUCAAAGAAAUCGAACUGCGCUACAAACGUGACUUGAAAGAUCUCAAAGCUGCCUACGAUGCUGAAAAGAUCGCUCUCGACAAACGGGACAUUAGCAACGCCAACGAAAUCGAACAGCUACAUCGAAAAUGUCGCUGUCUCACCAAUCUCUUUGAGGAGAUGCGUAUGCGCUAUGAACGACGUGAUCCUCGUCCUGAAGACUUACGGGAAAUUGCCGAGCUACGGGAACGCUGUGAGUCUCAGGAACGUGAUAUGUAUCUGUUGACUGAUCGCCUGCGUGAAAUGCAAAUCCAAAUGAAUGAGUUGCAACAGAACAACGCCAACAUGAACAACAACAACAGCAACAACAAUAAAAAGACAAAGCAAGUCAAGAAGCCACCACCCAAGUCGAUACCCACAAAUUGCGACGUUAUCUACGAAGAAAACGAGGAACGAGAUUCACCACCACCCAAUUCAUAUGCGUCGGACACCAUCAAUGAGGAUGACGUCGAUGCCAACAACACCAACCGCACAGAUGACAGCAAAAAACAACAGAUUGUCGACAUUUCGAAGACCAAGUCGAAACUGAUCGCCGACAACCAGCAGGAUGACAGCCACAUGAUUACCGCCAUGUAAGCGACGGCCAACAAAAUGAUUGAAAAUGGCGGAUGUGACUGUGCGGCCCCAACAGAGGCCAGUUGUUGGCCGUUCCAAAUCACAAAGGGUGAUUUGUCAUGUACAACAUUUGUAUCAGAUGCUUCUACACUACCAUAUGGGGGGUGGCGCCGCGACUGCAUGUGUCCCAUGCACCAAGCACCCCUGCCAGCCACCAUUUAUCCUCCACCCCGCACAUAAACCAUCACCAGUCGUCUCUCUUUUUUUGUAAAAUAUUUCAAUAUUUUGUACGAUUCUCUACGUAAGCACGUGGACCUUACUCUAUUUUUGUAUUUCUAAUGUGUAUUAUUAUUUAUUUCCUUAUUCUCUAAGUGAUCUGCAAAACGAUUCUAAAACAAAUU